CUCGAAACCCCCUAACAAUAUCAGUCCACGAUCAGGAAUUUCUUGUUGGUUUAACCUUGAAGGUGGAUUUUUAUAAUGUUUUCUAAGAAGUUGCAAACUUUCUUGAUAUUAUUGAGUAUAUUUCAUAACGGCCAUACAGAUACAACAGUAUUGCCCACAGCAAGUUUUUCAAAGUCGUCCGUUACAGAUGACCCCGAAGCAACAAAUGUAACUUUGUCAAACAUAACUCUGACGAAUUCAAGUAAAACGGAUUCAACAUCAAAAUCAACGCUAGCAUCAACAACACAAAAAACUGGAGGAAACACAGCUGCUGGUGAUGUGCUCGUUGAUCAAGGACUUCAUGUAUAUUCUACUGGUUCAAACCUGUCAAUCACCUGUACUUACAACAGCCAGACAACUCUGAGCUCUAGCGAUGUGCAAGGCUUGGCAUUUUAUGACAGAUUCGAUAGCAAGUUUGAUACCAACAGAGGGUUCACACAGGACCCCAAGAUGAAGGAUUUAAAAACCAUCACUGUAACUCUGAUGAAAGAAAAGGUGUCUCGCUCAGACGCUGGAAGAUAUGUCUGCAAAUAUAAAACUACAUCUAGUAUUUAUACCGAAGUUGUGGUAGUACACUUUGACACAACCUCUGAUGAGUACAACACCACUCUUGGCAAUAAACAAAACAACAAAUUGGAAUGCAAGUACACAAUAAGCCGAGAAAAUGCUUCAGGUAGUCUUCAAGAGGAACUAAAGUGGAAAAUGGGGGAUAAGCUUGCAACCAGUGUUUCCAGUAGACACAAACUCAAUGGAACCAACACACUUAUCAUUGAAAACGCUGAGUGGAGUGAUGUUGGGCCCUACACAUGUGAAUUGACUGUACAGUCUCAGACUGUCUCUACAGUUGUUCCACUCAAAGGAGAACCAAAAAUUGGGAAAAUGGAUACGUCAAAGAAUGUAGUCCAGGAAGAUGACGUGGAGCUGAAGUGCCCGGUCUCAGGUUUCCCCUACCCCUCCAUCACCUGGAGAAAAAAUGGCCAGCCCCUCCCCCAGGACAGGAGAAUCACACUGGCUGCUGCUGAUAAUAAAUAUGAAAACGCCAUUCUGUACAUAAACAAUCUCGAGUUUGAAGACAAGGGAGAGUAUACUUGUAACGCAACCAAUGAAGUUAACCCAUCUGGAGUAGGGGCUACAAUCACUUUGAGGGUUAAAGACAAGUUUGCAGCUUUGUGGCCAUUCCUGGGAAUUGUAGCAGAGGUCAUUGUGCUGUGCAUUAUCAUCUUCAUAUACGAGAAAAAGCGAAGCCGUGAAAUGGAGGAUGAAGCAGAUGGUGGUGAUGAUGUUGUAAAUGCUGAUGACCACAAAGGAAAAGAUGUCCGAGAGGCUCGAAUUCAUGGUGCUGGAUUAAAAUGGUUUAAAGAAAACUCGUCCUUUGAGAUUUUUUGUUCGUACAGUUAUGAGACGAUUUCCCGGCCAGACUUGUUAAAAUUUUAUAAUGGAUCUGGUAGUGAAUUCUCAGAGGAAAGUGGUUUCCGUAGGACUGUUAUCAGCGCCACACAGACUCUGGUCAACAUCUCACUGUCUAAGGACAGGAUUCAGAUCAGUGAUGUAGGGAAAUACAGCUGUAGAUAUGGAGAUGGCCCAACAACCUAUGUCUUUGUUGCUGUUGUUCAGGUGAGCACAACACCACAGAUGUACAACCAAUCCUUGCUGCAGCAGGACUACACCUUAUCCUGCGAGUUCAUUGCUGUACUUGAUGCAGAGGCUAAAAAGAUGGUUCAUGGGAAAAAAGUGCUUUGGUCUAAAGAUAACAUUGCAGCUGACCAGAUUUCAGUGAGACACAUUGCUAACGAAAGCAUGCUGACCAUUAAAGAUGCAGUCUGGUCCGAUAUUGGACUGUACAGCUGUGAUUAUACGGUUUCUUGGAGUACAGAUGGUACGAAAGUAAUACAUAACACAGUGGCUUUCACAGGAGAGGGGAGAAUUGACGAGAAGAGUCUCCCUAGGUCAGUGAACCUGAUCCAGGACGAAGACCUAGAACUGACCUGUCCAGUGUCAGGGUAUCCCUACCCCAAUGUGACUUGGCAGAUUGAUGGUGUGGAAAUUAGCCCCGACAGCAGGAGAACUCUAUCAACAGACCCUACUGGAAAGUACCAGAAUGCUGUAUUAAAGGUGGUUAAGGUGCAGUUUGAAGACAGGGGAAUGUACACUUGCACUGGAAGAUCAGAUUUAAACACAGUGACAUCAUCUUCCAUCACUGUGAGAGUAAAGGACAAAUACGCAGCUGUGUGGCCUUUCAUUGGAAUAGUAUUGGAGGUCAUUGUGCUGGGUUUGGUCAUUUACUUAUGUGAGAAGAGGAGGAAACACAGAGAAGAACAGGCAGAGGCAAAUGCUGGCCUAGAUAAUGCCCAGGGAAAACAGACAAGUGAGAAGAGACGUUCAGAUGUCCGACAGAGAAGCAACACUCAGUAAACAUCAUUGACAGCUGUGAUCAACUUCAGCAAUAAACAACACAAUCAACUGUCAUAGACACAUCAACAUUAUAACCAGCUGUGGUCAAGUGACAAAACACAUAUCAUUGAUCAACUGUCAAGCAUCAUCUGUGAUCAACUGUCAAGCAUCAUACUGUAUAAAGCCAUUCUAAGUUUUUUCUCUGUUUAGCGUCCACUCAUCUUUCAAAAACCUACCUACCUAUUCGCAAAAAACACACAAGCCAAAACAUAAAACACAAGCUUAAAAGUCAUAAAAAUUACGUCCUUCAAAUGAUUUGAUCUAACUAAACUGCUUUAAUAGAAGAAAUAUCUAUUCCUAAGCAAAAACAGCGGAUUAAAUGCUUACAAUACACCCAAUAUAACUUACUGUACAGAAUUAUUUGGAGAAAUUUACAAGAUUCAAAAAUUUCGACUAAAUUUAUCAAUUUCAGGACUGCUGUUGUUGUGUGUUUUUUCUCAUAUGGGGUGUCAAAAACCAAGGCGCACACAGACGCUAAACAUAGAAAAAACUUGGAAUGGCCUAAGCAGAAUUUUUAGUGUGGAUUUAAUUUUGGCAUUAUUAGCGAGGGUGUCAAGAUCGCUAAAAUUAAAUAUUGCUAAAAAUUAAUCGCACUUUUUUGUAAUCACUUCUUUAGUGAGCUUCUUAAAUUCGCUAAAAUUACAUUCGCUAAAAAAAAAAACAAUUUUUAAGGACAAAUCGCUAAAUUUGCUUCUCGCUAAAAUUUCCACUGAUACAGUAGAUUAAUUGAAGCCGCAGUGGGGAGGGGAAGGGAAUGGGAUUUGGGGUUGAGAUGUGACAAUCUGUUAAUUGGGACAUGUGAAUAUUUAUUGCUGGAAUAUGGAAUAUGCCACCACAUUUAUUUUUCAUUUCAAAAUACGUACAAGAAAUUGGGGAUAUGCACAUAUGAAGAAAAAAUACUGCUUCAUGAAGUACAUGUAUUUGUUAAAAGGAGAAGAGAAAGAACAAAUUAAGCUACAAAUUAUUUGUAACACAUACAUGUAUUUAUGUUAAAACUUUAUUGGCAGACCAAGGCAACAUAUAGCAGCUCAGCUUGUUUCCAAAAUUCAUAACAGAAGACAUGUUAAGUGUAAAAAUCUUGUCAUUCAUUUGAAUGACGAAAAAUGAAAUCCAUUUAUAAAAACAAUUACCAAAGAAUUUGGCUGGGAGACAUAACAGAAUCAUGGAAAGCUUGACCAGAAAUGCAAUUCAAUAAAUGAUUACAAAAUAGUGGUCUGCCAGCCACAAUAUUGUUACAACAUACAGAUGUGAUAAUGUGGUAAAACACAACAUCAAAAUUUAUUGGAAACAAAAGUGGUGCAUAAAAAGUGCCUCAGGACACACAAAUAAAAAUUAUGUGGUUAAUUAAACAAAUGUGGUGGAUGGAGUGGAGGUGGUGGUUGCUUUUUUGUUCACAAAAAUUACGCGGCAGCACUCCGAGUAAACAAGAAGUAUAUAAAUAGGAAGCCUUGCACGGUAAUCUGAUUGGCUGAAAACAGCUAAGGCCCUUGACAAAAUUUAUGGACGCGCGGUAAAACUGGGUCACUGGAAGAACCGGGUUUACAAAUUAAAGGUUUUGUAAAAUUACAAAAAGAUAAACACAUUUAUUUUACAUCCACAAAAAUACAUAGGUACAUGAAAUUUUUAACAUAAAUCGCUUUAUUUGAAAAUAAACCUUAUUUUGUAACAUGUGAAUUGGUUAUUUUAUACGUAAAGGUGUAUGAUUUAGAAGAUUUUGAAUGUAUGAAAAAGAUGUGGUAAAAACUACAUGUACAAUUCUUUGCAGUACAUUCUUAACCCAAGUAGGUGAAUACUAGAAGACUUUUUUGCUUGAGAAAGUUUUUUUUAAUUCACAGAUUCUAAUACAUAGCUUUACAAUACAUAUAUACAUUUUUUGAAGAUUUUUAAAGAGAGAGAGAGAAGAGUAAGGAUAGAAAAAGAGAGAUAUAGAGAGGAGAGAGUAGUUAAUUUAAUCACAUAAAAAGAUUCUUCCUUACACCUCCCAGGCUUUGUCAAAAGUAACCCGUUUUUUUUCUUGUAGGUUACUAUACUUGUUUGUUUCAUAGACAUAUGUUCAUCUGCAAAGUUUUUAUGUAACUUUUUUAAAACUUAAUUAUUUUAAUAAAAUUUUAUUAUCAGUU